UUGGCAAAGAGGAGGGGGGAGAACAAAAGGAGGGAUUUGUGGGCCUUAGCAACCAGCACAAACCCCUUGAGCUGAGUUCUGGCCAAAAGCAAAGGACAAGCCUCUCCGCACAGGAAUCCGAGCAGUUUCAGUCCUCUCUACAGAGCUCUGCAACGGUGAAGAUCUCUCACACACAACAUGGAGAGCCCUCCCUUUAAAGAGUGCCUCUGCGAACUCUGCGACUGUGGCCGCCACAAGCGCCACAGGAACUGCCGAAAGCAACGGGUGCUGCUGGCGCAGCCAAAGACUGGGAAGGGCUGGCUCUCUCACUACAAGGCAACUUACACUUGCCCACCAGCUGUGCACCCGCGCAGCAGCAAGAGGCCCCCCUGCACCCCUCCACACCCAAAUCCUCCUCCCAUGGACCUCCAGACCACGCAGAGGGCAGAGUUUGUCAUCUGGGAUCCAGGCAAGAGAACCGAGCAUCCUGUGAAGGUAAAGACAAGGGGAGGUCUCCUGUGGAAAGUUAGAGGCGUGCAGGUGAGAUUUACUGAGCGAGGUGUGGGGCCAUCUGCUUUGCAGGAGAGGAGAGGCCAGCCCCCACAGGGACCCUUCCAGAGCCAGGCUCUCUGCCGCCUCCCCUUCCCACCACGAGCAUCUGCCAUCUCGCAACAUCCAAGCAAGCUCCAGCCCUGCAGCCCUGCACUCAAGAACAGCUCCAGAAGCAAGGGGAGCUCCCAGGGAUUCAAGAGGGAGCUUCCAGACCAGCCAGGAGUAAAUGUCAUCACCACCCCCAGCCACCCCUUGCCCUUGGAGAAGGGGGCAUUCCUUGGAGAGAAGAGGGCCAUCAAAAAAUCCUCAGAACCGGCAGCAGCUGAAUAUGUGACCAAGUACCAAAGCGAUUUCCCAGAACAAAGGUCCUUUCUUGGCCAGGCUGCUCCUGCCCUGCCGCCUCUGGACAACCUGGCAAUUAACCCAGCUUUCAGAACCAACUUCCAGACUGUCCACAGAGAGAGCUACCGUAGCUGGAACGCCUCUGCAUACUCUCGUGCCAAGCUCAUCACGCUGAAAAAGAACCGGGGGGCAGAGGAAGCUGGGAAAUUUGAAGGAGACAACGUCACCAAGCUUCCUUAUCACCUUCCUGUCGUCCUCAACCACGCGGAGCCCAUUAAACAUCCAGGCACAGCCCUGAAAUCUCUGGCUGCCCAGUUUGACAACUCCACAGCACACAGGUUCUUCUUCAAGGACUGGGGAGCUCAGCCUCGUAUUCGAUAUGGAGACCCCCGGGAAGGAAACUGCACCCACUCCUUGGGCCAUUUUGGCAGCCAAACCACAACAUGCAGCACUUACCUGCUGAAGAGAGCGGAGAAGGCCAAGAGCUACAAGUCAGAACUGAAACCCAUCCAGACUGAGGGAGGGCAAGAUUUUGCCACCAUCCACCGAGAGGCUUACAGGCAUAUUCCACUCCCUGUCUGUCGACUGCAAAUGUACCUAGCCCAGCAACAGAAGUCUAGAAAAGAAGCAGACAACUAAAGUGUUACUGUGCCAUAAGGGUCAGACCUCAGGGACUAAUGGGUGAAUAUCGUGGAUUUUAAAGGGAGCUGGAAUCUAUGCUCCUUCACAAAUUCUAAAAUUGUAUUCUCAAGUUCUGUUCAUGUUUGGAUAUUGCCAUAGCAAAAACAUACUUGUGUUCAAUAAAGAGGAGUAAUAUAAACU